AUGCAAGAUGAGAUUAGAAGAGCAUAUCUGAUAAAGGGUCCUUGUCAACCAAAAGGUUCUUUCCCAUAUACCGACUAUAGUGGAGAAAAACGAAGAUUUAAUCCUUCUUGGUAUACUGGGCACAAGGGUUGGCUAGAGUAUAGUGUUCAUGAUGAUGCAGUAUACUGUCUACCUUGCUAUUUGUUUGUAUCUGAAUCUAAAAAUGGUAGUGGAGAAGCAUUCAUAUCAAAUGGGGUGAGAUGUUGGAAUAGGAAGACGCGAUUAGAUGAUCAUGUUGGUGGCCCUAAUAGUUCUCACAAUGUGGCUGCUAAGAAAGGUGAAGAUUUGUUGAGACAAUCACAGAGCAUCUCAAGUGCAUUGGUGAGACAAACAGAUAAACAAAAAAGAGAAUAUCGUAUUCGUUUGCAGGCAUCAGUUACUACCACUAAGGCUCUUCUACACCAAGGAUUGCCAUUUCGAGGGCACGAUGAAAGUGAAUCUUCAGAAAACAAAGGAAAUUUUCGGUACUUUUUGGAGGUUAUUGCUAAUGAGAAUAAGGAAGUGCGAAGUGUUGUGUUGGAGAAUGCUCCAAAAAAUCUUCAACUGACUUCUCCCAAGAUUCAAAAGGAUAUUGUUCGAGCAAUAGCAUCUCUAAUAAGUCAAGAGAUCAUCAAAGAUCUUGGAGAUUCUUUUUUUUGCAUAUUGGUGGAUGAAUCUCGUGAUGUGUCAAUUAAGGAGCAAAUGGUUCUGGUUAUACGUUAUGUUGAUAAGAAUGGUUGUGUUAUUGAGAGAUUUCUUGGUAUUGCUCAUGUCGCUGAUACUAGGGCUGCUACACUCAAGAAGGAGAUUGAAUCAAUUCUUGGAUUACAUGGGCUAAGUUUGGCAAAGGUGAGGGGGCAAGGAUAUGAUGGGGCUAGUAACAUGAGAGGGGAAAUCAAUGGACUGAAAUCAUUAAUCUUGGUUGAGAAUCCAUCUGCUCAUUACAUUCAUUGCUUUGCUCAUCAACUUCAGUUGACACUAGUAGCUGUUGCAAGAGAUCAUGUGCUCAAUAAUCGCUUCUUUGAGCAUUUUGCUUCAUUGCUCAAUGUGAUUGGUGGAUCACCUAAGCGGGUCGAUUCUCUUCGAGACAAGCAUGCCGCAAGGGUUAUUGAGGCUCUAUCUAUUGGUGAUUUGGAGAGUGGACAAGGAUUGAAUCAACAAAUAGGGUUGAAAAGGCCCGGUGAUACACGUUGGGGAUCCCAUCUUGGGGCACUUACAAAUCUUAUGGAUAUGUUCAGUUCUGUGGUUGAUGUACUGAAUGAGAUGCAAUUUGACACACGUUCAAAGGAGGCACAAGGUAAAGUAGUGAAUUCUCUGCUUCAAAUGCAAACUUUUGAGUUUGUCUUUCACAUGAAGAUGAUGAUUGAAGUGCUUGCAAUUACAAAUGAGUUGUCUAUAGCAUUACAAAGGAAAGAUCAAGACCUUGUUAAUGCUAUGGAACUCAUUAAUUGCUCAAAGAAGAGACUACAAGAGUUGAGAGAUGAAGGGUGGGAACCUCUAUUUGAUGAUGUGGUUUCAUUCUGCACUAAGGAACAAAUUCAUGUUCCUAACAUGAAUGACUUGUUCACUCUUGCUGGAAGAACAAGACGUAGCACCCCUCAUCAGCCUACAAACUUGCAUUACUAUCAAGUCGAUUUAUUCUAUGCAGUUAUAGAUUUGCAGUUGCAAGAAUUGAAUACUCGAUUUGGUGAGGUGAACACUCGAUUGUUGGACUGCAUUUCUUGUUUUAGUCCAGCUAACUCUUUUGCUUCUUUUGAUAAAGCAAAGUUGAUGAGUCUUACUGAGUUUUAUCCCGAGGAGUUUCCAUCCAAUGUGCUCUCACGACUUCAUCAACAAUUGGGGGGCUACAUUUCUCAUGUCAAGGAGGAUAAGAGCUUUGAUGGAUUGCGAGGAAUCGACGAGCUAGCUAGGAAAUUGGUGGAAAGGGGAAAGGACACUCUUUAUCCUUUAGUUUACUUGCUGUUAAAGUUGGUGUUGACCUUACCUGUGGCAACUGCAAGCUGCGAAAGAGCAUUUUCAGCUAUGAAGAUAAUCAAGAACGAUCUUCGAAAUCGGUUGAGUGACCAAUUUAUGAAUGAUUGUUUAGUUGUGUAUAUUGAAAAAGAUUUACUUUGCAGCAUAAGUGAUGAAUGUAUUUUAGAGACAUUUCAGCAGAUGAAAAGUCGUCGCGGUUCGUUGUAA